AUGAUCCUUCGAACUCAAAAAACGUCGAGUUCAAGAUGGCAACCAUGGCCGCUCAGCUAUCACAAUUCCCUAGUCAAUAACAAAGAGCUUGUCGGAGGUCAAUUCCAUUCGAAUGUUUCAUCUCGAGAAGAGAAACAAGCUAAGCAGUUCAUUCCUUGUUUUCUAAUGAAUUCAUCACCACAACAUUCAGGCAUUCCAGUUAUUCUCAUCACUGGCUUCGGACCAUUUCGUUCGGUACACAAAAAUCCAAGUUGGGAAGUUGCUCAAGCACUGAAAACAUACGUGCAAUGGACACGUCCAUUGCAUAUCAUUACACAUCAGUUACAAGUCACUUAUGAUGAUGUAUCAAAGAAAAUUCCUGAUUAUUGGAUCAAUUACAAUCCCACACUAGUUGUACACAUCGGUGUAGCGACAGGAUCAAAAGAAGUCCGAAUGGAAAAAUAUGCUUGCAACACGGAUUAUUUCCACACUGACAACAACGGUUCGGCACCGGAAACAGGACAAUGCAUUAAGAACGAUGCACCGAAAGUUCUUUUGGCACAACUUCCAUUGAGCGAUAUCUGUUCUCGAAUAUUUAUGCGAAUAUAUUUAUUAUCAAUCAUUGUUCAUCGACUCUAA